UCGUCGUCGUCGUCGUCGGCGUCGUUCAUGCAAGUCCCGCUGGGCUUCCCUCCGUUUGGACCGCAGCAGCAGCAGCAUGGGUAUGGUCCUGGUCCUGGUCCUGGUCCUGCGCAGUGGCCGUAUCCGAUGCAAGCCUACCCUCACCCGCCACUGAGGAUGCCUCCUCAGCCUCCGAACGGCCACCACCAGCCAUUCAUGCAUCCGCAAGCAGCGCUCAUGCACCCCGGAUUCAUGCAUCCGCAAGCUGCUGGACACGACGCAUUGCGUGCAAUCUCGGACGACGCUAGAUACGCUGCGUGGCCGCCCUCAGAUUUCGAGUCCGAGCGGCGAACGAUGUCGGGUCACCUUCGCACGAUGGCAGACGAGCUGCACAGGUGCAUUCUAAACAUUAUUCGACAGGCUGCAAGUGUUGGGUUGAGACCAACUCAAGCGUCCCAAGCCGACAUGCACCGCUCGCCCGACAUCCUGUUCAACCUGGUGUGCAGCACGAGCCACCCGCCGAUGCCGCCGCCGUUCGAUUGGAUUCACCCGCUGACAGCGACUCGCAAUGACAUUGAGGUCGGAAACAAUGCCAAUUUCGGCUUGUCGGCCAAUUCGCCCGUUGGAGUACGCCGUCAUCUGCCUUUGACCAUCUACAACAACUCGAAAGUCCCGACUGAGUUGACGCACAUUGCAUCGUUCCCCACGAGCACCGUCUUUCGUAUCUUGGUACCGCGGUCGUUCGGCGACGCGGGCGACGCGGGCGAAGCUGAGCAUCUCGGCGACUAUGUUCCCAUCCAAUCGAUCACGAGCUUGUCCCGUCCCAUCACCAUCCCACCGCUGUCUCAAGUGCAAGUCAUGGUGGAGUGCGAUACAGCCGAUGCUGCUCCUGGUACCCUGCGCCAAUGGCAUGCGUUCGUCUUUGACGCGUCGCACGUGAUCAUCCGACAGUCUUACGCAGUGGUUACGAACGAAAAGCGCGCGGCCCUCAAUCCAAAAGCAGCACCAUUUGUGCCCGCAAAAGCUGCACUUGAACAACAUUUGGAAGACGAUUACACGAACAUCCUUCCUGCUGCCCCACUUCCUGCAUUUGGUCCUCCAGUGGUCAACCCGCUGCUCGAUUACGCGGCGCUCGGCGAUCAGUAUCCCGAACUGGCUCCCCACAUGGCGUACUUUGCUCUUCAACGAAGGGCCCGAUUUGAAGAUGUGUCGACGGACACGCUCCGGGCGGCCGCCAAAGAGCUGGUCAUGUCCAAUGACUUUCCAACGUCCAUUUCGAGCUAUGUAACGCACUUUCGCAUUCUGCUCGCGCAUGAAGAACACCAAAUGGCGAGCGACAUGAGCGGCUUUACUCAGCGCGACGAAGUGCUGGAGCAGUUCCGACCAAACGAGCCCGUGUACAUCUUGCAGGUGCCGGGUCUGGUCGAGCGGCGACCACCGCUCGUCUAUGGCGAUGUUGUCCACUUUCGACCCGACCACAUACCGUUCGCCGUGUGGGAGGCACGCGUUCUCAACGUCGAUCGCCAGAAAAAGACCGUGCUUGUUCGCUUGCCUGCCGACAUCAUCCCCUGGCCCACUCGUGUCAAGGGCACUGUGGUUUUCCGCCUGAAUCGCCUUGCUCUGCAAGACAUGCAUCGGGCACUUGAUCAGGUUCAAGCCUUGUCAGAGUCCAGCGCAAUCCGACGUGUUUUGUUCCCGUCGGCCGAGCCGCUGCCCGAACCACGUUCCAAGGCCCUUCCAACCAAGACAACCCUGCUGGACCAGAAGCUCAACGACGAGCAACUCCGGGCGGUGCAGGUUGUGCUGAGUCCGCCACAGGCGUUGCCACCCGUCGUCAUUUUCGGCCCCCCUGGCACUGGCAAAACGAGAACGCUGGUGGAGGCGAUCGCACAGGUGGUCAAGCAUCCAACGUUGAAUGCCACCGUUCUCUGCGCAGCGCCGAGCAACUCGGCUGCCAAUUUAAUCUGUGAGCGCCUCGCAACGUACUUUUCACCUCGCGAAAUGUUCCGGUUGAACGCCGUCUCCCGCCGCAUCGAUGAAGUACCCACGUCACUUCAUCCAUACUGUCAGCUGGUUGACGGUACCUUUGCCAUCCCGCCAUUGACAGAGCUGCGCAAGUUCCGGAUCGUGGUCAGCACGUGCGUGGCCGCUGGCGCGCUGGUUUCGAUCGGCCUGGAACAAACACACUUUUCGCACGUGUUCGUGGACGAAGCUGGCCAGGCAAUGGAGCCCGAGACGCUCGUCCCCGCCCUAUUUGCCGUUCACUCUCGCGGCCUGUUGGUGCUGGCUGGAGACCAUUGCCAGCUUGGCGCAUCUGUUCGGUCUGCAUUUGCCAUGCGACACGGCCUGCACGUUUCUCUCCAAGAGCGCCUCAUGGCCUUGCCCGUGUACGCGCUCGGUGCCAGUCGGGGAGCGCGCACCAACGCAGCAAGCUUGUCGCCGUGUAUCCAACUGGUCGUCAACUACCGGUGCCAUCCGAGCAUGCUGUACAUGUCGUCGGCACUUUUCUACAAGAACAACCUGAUUAGCCACGCAUCUGAAUCCGUGACGGAAAGCUUACUGAGCUGGAGCCAAUUGCCCAAUCCCAGCAUUCCAAUCUUGUUUUUGGGCCUGGAAUCCGAAGACGUGCGCGAACCGUUUGACAGACAAGCCGUUGCCACCGACCUCGAACCAGGGGGCUUUGUCCCAGGAACCGCGGCGACUCAGAGAUCCACCGUCUCUUUCUACAAUCCGCUGGAAGCCGCAAAGAUUGCUUCAAUGGUGCAGGAUUUGCUCGCUUCCAAUCCGCACUUGAGCACGGCACACAUUGGUGUGAUGGCGCCGUUCCGCAGCCAAGUCAAGCGGCUGCGCCAACUUCUUCGCCACAUCGGACUCGGAGGUGUCGGCGUGGGCACAGUCGAGGACUACCAGGGCCAAGAGAGCCGCGUGAUCUUUCUCUCGGCCACUCGAACCACAGCGGCCUAUCUUCCACAGGAUGCCCGGCAAAAUCUCGGCCUCAUCAACAAUCCAAAACGGCUCAAUGUCGCCCUGACCCGCGCCAUGUCGCUUCUUGUGGUCACGGGCAACCCCAACCUUCUUGUCCACGAUCCGUUGUGGCUUACCUUCCUCCGAUUCUGCGAGCGGUCGAAUUGUUAUGCUGGCUGCCCGCUGCCACGCAUUGUCUACGAUCAAGGCCCUCUGCCCAAGGACGGCGCGCUUUCGCAGGCCGACGACGCUCUUUUCCCGCUCGAGCGGCGCGAGCGAAAUGCCACCAUUAUGAGCUCCCUGCCGUCAAACUUGUGGUUUGGCCAGCGCGGGAGGGGCGAGCAUGACCGCGCGAUGGAGCUACCUGAUUCUCUCGCCAGCCAGCUUGAUGACCUGCAGCUUGAGCUUGGCCCGGAGGAUGCUGCCGAUCUGGACAUUGACGCUCUGAUUUCUUCUUCAGAGCCGACGGACGAAAUUGAUUGGCGUCCAGUGACUUGAGCACGGCUUUGAGUCGGGACUAAUUUUUUUGUUUGUUGGUUCUUCUUGUCUCAUAGUUAAUUUGUUUUGAACGCGUCGAUCACUAAAAGCA